UUUCAAAAAUCUCGAGGUUUUUAAAGAAAAUUUUAAGAAAACUCGAGGUCUUGCACCCACCAAACUUGGCAGGUCUGCUGUUUACACGACACAAUGGUCCCGGUUACCGUGACGACAAAUGAUGCCUUGCACAUGUGCAUUGGUUGAAACUGACCAAAUCUUCCACUUGAAACUGCGGCGGACAUCAGAAUUUGUAAGAAAUUUUAUGUCCAGGGGACAAUUCACUCUUGCCUUCACAAUUCACUUUGAUUUCCGAAAAACAGAGGACUUCAAGGAGUUUUCACAUAAUAUGAUUUCCACAUCAUGUAUACGAUAUUUUGAUGGAGUGAUUUUCCCCUCGAUCAUGUCGGCGUCAAAUCAAAGCAAAUGGAUACAGAUCUUUUUGGAACCUGUCUCGUGUAAAUGGGGUCUUAAAUUAGCAAAAGCUCAUUCCUUAAAAAAAUUGAAUAUAAGUCGCUUCGAGCUAAUUAACCAAUGCUGCCCAUACUCAAGCCAUAGAGAAUGCUGAAAGAACGAUUGCCUCAAAUUAUCCAAGCCAAACAACCUACACUAACAGGACAAAAGUAUUGCAAUACCCUAAUCAAAAUGGCAUCAAAAAAAUUUGAAGUUUUGUAAACUUUUAACUUUACGAUGAAAUAUUCCCCUCAAAAAUAAGCAUAAUCAUUCUAAACCAGGAAUCAAACUCUUCGAAAUUUAUUGAGGAUUUCGAAAAACUUAGAGUUACAAUAUUAACGUAAGAAAUUUUACAGUUAUAAGAAAAAAUAUCCGCAGUGGUAAAUUCAAGAUAUUGACAAGAUAAGGAGCGAGUAGUUGUGAUAAAACUUCGUGUAACUGGUCUCUCGACUCUAAAGAUUUAGCAACUUUUUAUAGAAAAUGAUAGCAAAAUAGUGAAAGUUUAGGAAACAACAAAUGAAGUUAUUAGCUCUGACUCUUUUAGCCUCGAAAUUCUCCAAUAAAACUUGGAUAAUUUUUUUGGUACAUUUAGGCCUAUAUAAAUUAGUAAAUCAUGAAUUAGCGACGUGCGAGUUAAUGCAGUGAAACAUUUCAAAAUAAUGCAUAACAGUUUCUUUGGUGGAAUCAAAUUAAUGCUAGUAAAAUGAGGAAGGCACUUUUUAUCAUAAAAAGUUAUUAUUGCGUGAUCCGCCAUUAAUCGCCUUCGCAGGUGUUGCCAUACUUUUGUCCUGGUAGUGUACAUAUAUCAUGCACAUUAUGAGCUUCAAACACUGCUGUUUAAUUACUUCUAUGUCAACAGAAAAGCGAAAUAAAAAGGCGCACAGAUAAGAAUGAAAGCAAAAUUUGAACUUGUGCAAUAAACUAUGUUAUUUAAAGAGAUGAGAAGCAAAUAACGUCGAAGAAAUUGGAAAACUUCUAAUUAGCUUGACAAAAUAGCAUUAGUUAUCAGUCAAUAUUGUUGAGGUUGAUUGAUUGGUUUAGAAAUAAUGCUUUCUUAGAAUCAUUUGCCGCAAGAAUUUUUAAUCAGCACUAUGAACAGUAAAGGUUUAUAUAAUCCGUUUUUACACUUUCAAUUCAACUCUUCAGCUCCUAGUUUCAGCAUCUGUCUAUCGCAAUCAAAAUAAAAAAUGGCGAUUGCAACUAUCUUGAUAGGUUUUUGCAUCUCAUUGAUUCAUUCUGUGUGCAGUGAAGAAAGAUUUGUCACAAAAGUCUUCGAUAAUAAAAGGUCUUUGUGCCCAGAUUUGGUUAAAAAAGUUUACACAGUGACAAGUGAAAUGCAGUGCAUUCACAGAUGUACGAGGAACAAAGAUUGCAGCAUCAUAAACUACAGCAAUGAAGAUGACGUCACAGAAAACUGUGAAGUGUUCAUCGGUGGCCACUGCUCGAGCAAGGAGGAAUCCAAAAGAUGGAAAUCUAGUGUUGUUAAGAGCAAGUUGUUUCCAGUGGCAAAAGAAACAGUUUUCAAGAGUUGCAGAGAAGCAUUUUUGGAAGGAAAAAAUACAGAAUCCGGAGUGUACACUUUGGAGUCGGGCCGUCAUUUCUGCAACAUGAGUGAUAUUCCAAAUUGCGGAGGAGGUGGAUGGACACUUGCGAUGAAAAUUGAUGGAACAAAGGGCACAUUUUCUACUGGAUCAGUUUAUUGGUCAAAUGGUGAAGUUUAUAAUACGGAGUUGGGGAUCAAAUCCUUCUAUGAAAACGAAGCAAAGUUCCCUGCCUUCAGCAAUGUGGCAUUUGACGAGAUCUGCAUUGGUAUGAAGGCAUCAUCUGUUGUGAAUUGGCUGCGUUUACCAGUAAAAAGUUCCUCCCUGCUUGCUAUUUUCAACCCUGGUACCUAUAUACAAACCAACCUUGGAAGGUCGGCUUGGAAAAACUUGCUUCUAUCAUCUUCAUUGCAACGUAACUGCAAUCGUGAAGGAAUCAAUGUGAAGAACGAUGCAGGAGUGAUUAUGGCAAGAAUUGGUCUCAUUGCUAACAAUGAAGAUGAGUGUGCUUCUCCUGACUCGUUCUUUGGAUUAGGGAUUCCAAUAAUCGUAUGUGGCAAUGAAGCACUAGACAGUCCAUAUGUUGACAAUGGCAAAGUAAGAAUCAGUGCCAUGGGCUUUGUUCUGAUCAAAUGAACAUGAAUCUGGUCUAAGGCACUUAGAAACAGUUUACUGUAUCAGAGUUUUUU